UCAUAAUGCAUCGUAAUUUUCGGAUAUUAUUUGUUAUCUGUAUAUGUAUAUACUUAUCAACAUGUACGCCAUAUUCACCAUCAUCGGCAGCCACAACUGGACGGCGUAAAUCUAAAGACCACUACGUUGAAAAGCUACCGAGUCGUGCUCCACAAAUACUGUGUCAAAAUGAUGAUCCAACAGCUGCAAUCCAUUGUUUUUGUAAUACCGAUGUUUUCAAUAAUGCAUCACGUGCUGAAUGUUUCGUUUUCUCGAAUGUAACCGAAGAUAAUCCAAUCUGGAGUACAUUUACGACUCAAGUAAAUAUGAUGGAACUAAUAAUAACACUACGUUCGGAUAAAAAAUUAUGUUUUGUACCGACCGAAGCCCUGAAACCGUUACGUCGUUUGAAAAAACUAACGAUUAAAUACGCAAGUAUUACGGAAAUACAUUCAUACGCGUUCGCGAAUUCGUCGAGUGUACGGGAAAUAACGAUAUCACGGAAUCAAAUUGAAGUGUUAGCACCAUACGCGAUUGCUCAUUUACCAAGUUUGGAAAUAUUGACAUUGGAUAAAAAUCGGUUAUCGGAAUUAAAUCGUAAUGUUUUCUAUGAUUUACCACGAUUACAAAAUUUAUAUAUUAGUGAGAAUAAUUUAACAGUGAUCCAUGAUAAUGCGUUUAAUCAUUUAGGAGCAUUACAUAAUUUGGAAUUAGAUCGUAAUGCUAUCGGAGUUGUGACACGUGAUACAUUCGCGGGUUUAAGUGCAUUGAAACGUUUGGAUUUAAGUUUUAAUCGGUUAACAAUUUUGGGUGAUUUAACAUUUGCAGAAUUGUGGAGUUUAGAGGCAUUAAUAUUAGAGAAUAAUGAGCUUCAAGUAAUCUCUGAACGUGCAUUUGAUGGAUUGACACAGUUAAAACAACUAACAUUAAAGAAAAACUAUUUAAAGGCAUUACCAAAUGGUUUACUUGAGGGAGUACCAACAGUGAACAAUCUAGAUUUACGACAUAAUCAACUACAAACUUUGACACGUGAGAAUAUUCAACCAAUAUUUGAUACAUUACGGAAUACAUCAAGUUUCUUAUACAUUGAACAAAACAAAUUUAUAUGCGAUUGUCGACUCUCAUGGAUGCACAAAUUACGAAACGAGACAAAAAAUUCCCAGGUUCGUAACGUUUUAGACGAAGUAACAUGUCGAUUUAAUCGUGUUAACAACGAUGAUGAAUCAAUUCAAGAUAAAAUUACCAUAACAUCAUCGGUCAUGCGUAAUCAUAACACGAACGGUAUCCGAAAUUCCCUCAAUGAUCAUAACAUUGAUAGCGAUGCAGACUUGGAAAACAUGGAUGAUAUGGAAGAAGAUGAUUACGAUGAUAAUUUCGAACAAAAUACAAAAGUUGCUACAAGUUUUGUAAUCUCGUCCGAUCAUAACAAACAUGCAUCGAAACAUUUAUUAAACAUCCCACCAGAAACAUUACCAUGUCCACAACCAAUAAAAUUCCCAACUGGGGCACCGAACACGGCAUUACAUACUCCUAUGUAUAAAGAUACAAAUUUUUUCGGUCCAAGUUUCGGUAGUUCAUGGUCCAGUCAAUCAAGUUAUAUUUUAGUUUUAUCAUUUUUAUUAAUUUCAUUUAUUCAUCAUAUUGUGACAGGAGCGUAA